UUAACACACUUAGUAAACUAUAUUUCCUCCUGCAGACCUGAACUGAAGCCCCUUGAAAAAGAAAGUGAGGUCACUUUAAGGUUUCCAGAUAACUUUGAGAAGUUGUCUCCUCCCAUCCUGCAGCUAGAUGAAGUGGAGUUUCAUUACUCGAGAGACCAGCCCCUCUUUUCUGGACUCAACCUGUCUGCUGACCUCGAGUCUCGCAUCUGCAUCGUGGGUGAAAACGGCGCCGGUAAAACGACUGUCCUCAAGCUGCUAAUGGGCGAGUUAACGCCGGUCAGCGGAGUCCGACAAGCUCACAGGAACCUGAAGAUUGGGUACUUCAGUCAGCAUCACGUGGACCAGCUAGACCUGAACGUCUGCUCCGUGGAGCUGCUGCUCAACCGUUUCCCUGGUCGGACGGAGGAGGAGUACCGCCACCAGCUGGGAGGAUACGGGAUCACCGGGGAGCUCGCCACGAGGCCAGUGGCCAGUCUGUCCGGAGGCCAGAAAAGCAGAGUGGCCUUUGCUCAGAUGACCAUGCCAUGUCCAAACUUCUACAUUCUGGACGAGCCGACGAACCACCUGGACAUGGAGACCAUUGAGGCUCUGGCGAAAGCUCUCAACAAGUUCAGAGGCGGAGUCAUCCUGGUGUCCCACGAUGAGCGUUUGAUCCGGUUGGUGUGUAAGGAGCUGUGGGUGUGUGAAGGCGGGAAAGUCAGACGCAUUGACGGCGGCUUUGACGAGUACCGAGACAUCCUGCAGGAGCAGUUCAGGAAGGAGGGCUACCUGUGAGGCUCCGCCCACUGCUGACACAAACCCCGCCCACCAUCCUGUCCUCGCGGCCAAUCAGCCGCUCAGAGCAGACCGGGGGACGUUUUCUUCUCUGAACUGUCUGCGAGCUGAUUGGUUGUUUGUGUUCACCUGGUGAGGUCACAGUGAACUCUGCAGGAGGAGGAGCCAUUGCCAACCUUUUGGAGUUUAUUUAAAAGUUAUUCGUCACAUUGAACCUGAUUUUUGUUUUGUAUCAUCGACUCUUUUAUCAGUUUGAAAGGACGGGGCGUUACAUUCAGAGACACAAGCCAAAUAAAACCAUCAGAUCAUG